AUGAAAACAAGAAACUCUCUCAAUUCUGAACAACCACAACAAUUAUCGCUUUCUCAAUCAAAAUCAGCUGCAGCGAUUGCAACAAAAGAUCUAUAUUUACCUGAUGAGUGUUGGGAAUGUGUCAUCAGAUUCCUCGACAACGACGACAACCACAGCAACAGCUCCUUAAAGUCUUUCUCUGCCGUCUCAAAGCAGUUCCUCUCCAUCACCAACCGUCUUCGAUACUCAAUAACUAUCCGUCACCCAACCCGGAUUUGCCCCAGUGGACUCUUCCAAAGAUUCCCUAACCUCACCUCUCUCCGCCUCACUCACUACUAUGGUGGUGACAUAUUUUGUUGGCUUUCCUCCAUAGCCUUUUCUAUUAGAAUAAAAAACACACAAACAAAUAAUAGUGCAGACAAUUCUAAUUCCUUUGUUGUUAGUACUCAAUUAAAGUCUCUCCAUUUGAUUUCGAGUACAUGGUUACAAGAUGAAAGCAUCAAAAGGAUUGCUUCCGUUUUCCCCAAUUUGCAAUUGCUUGAUUUGAGUUUUUGCUAUAACAUAUCUGAAGAAGGUAUUUUCCAAGUCUUAAGGACAUGUUCCGAGAUUACGCAUUUGAACUUAACCAGUUGUUUAGGAAGGAAGCUGCGCCGAAUGAACUUUGAAGUUCCCAAACUAGAAGUGUUGAACUUGUCAUAUACAAAUGUUGAUGAUGAAACACUCUCCGUAAUCUCAAAGUGUUGCCGUGGGCUUUUGCAACUCUCACUGGAAUGGUGCUUUUUUGUCACAGAGAUGGGAGUGAAGCAUGUGGUAGAAAAAUGCACACAACUAAGAGAGAUCGAUUUGAAAUAUUGUCUUCAAGUGCAUUGUGAUGUUCUUGCCUCAUUGAUAUUUUCAAGGCCAUCAUUGAGAAAGUUUACAACUCCAGAUCGUUAUCGUUUCAACAACAAGGAGAUGGAACUCUUAUCACGUCAAGGUUGCAUUGUUUGCUAG